AUGCUUCCUAAUAAACUAAAACGUCAUUUGGAAACAACUCACAGUAAUUUACAAGGUAAGCCGAGAGACUUUUUUGUUAGAAAAUUGCGAGAACUGAAACAUCAGUCCACGGCUUUGCUUUCAAAAGUAUCAGUUCCUACCAAAGCAUUGCUUGCCUCCUACAAGGUAGCUCACCGUGUUGCCAAAUGUAAGAAGCCACAUACAAUUGCUGAGGAACUGAUUUUACCUGCAGCGGUUGAUAUGAAAUUAAUUGAUCUUAAUAAGUCCUUGCAGGGAAACAAUACUCACAUACUGCAACUGGCAGAUAAAAUCACUGGGUUUCAGAAGAAGUUGCUCUUAUGGAAGAGAAAAUUAGAAGAAGAUCAUGCACAUACUGACUGUUUCCCUGCUAUACAAUGCAUUCUGCAAGAAAACUCGACAGAAAGCCUUGAUCCCUCUCUACUCGUAAAACUAAUAUUUACACAGCACUUGUCAUCAUUAAGUGAACAAUUUGAAAACUAUUUUCCCGAAAAUUUGGAGCAAUAUGACUGGGUUAGAAACCCUUUCCAGUCGACCGCACCUUCAACACUUUCGACAAAGGAAGAAGAACAAUUAAUAGAAUUGUACUGUGACUCCAGCCUUAAGCUCCAAUACGACAAAGACAAACUGCUUGAAUUUUGGAGCUUAGUUUCUCACGAAUAUCGCGCCAUCAGCUGUGCAGCAUUGAGGGUUCUAUUACCAUUUGCCACAUCGUACUUGUGCGAAACAGGCUUUUCUGCAGUUGCAGUAAUAAAGAACAAGUACAGAUCGAAAAUAAAUAUAGCGAAAGAGAUGAGAGUGGCAAUUUUUAAACUUGAGCCACGUUUUGAGAAGCUAUGCUCAGAAAAGCAAGCACACCCUUCUCGUUAG